AUGGUUGUUAAUCAACAAUUAUUUUUAUUAGCAGAAAAUACAGAAUUUAAUAAUUUUUUAAUAGAACUCGAACUUGUUACAGACUUCUAUUUUGGUCAAAAGCUUUUAGGAAUUAUGACUAACAAUGCCACUAAUAUGCUAGUAAUGGGGUGUAUUCUAAGAGAAAAAAUUAAUAGUGAAUUUGGUAAUCAAACUGUACAGCAUUUUUACUAUGGUGUACAUGUUCUCAAUAUUGUUGUCGAAGAAGAAAUAAAAUCAAUUAGUAUAGAAAUUUCUAAAGCACAGAAGUUUUCUAUGAAGCUUCGAAACUCUUCAUUACUUAUUUAUAAAUUAAAAAAAAAUUUUGAAAUGAAAAAUAUACCAUUUUUAAUGCCUGAAACUAAUAUCAAUAUAAAAUGA